UGGCGCACUCGGCCGCAAUGGCUUGCGGAAGCUCCAUAUGCAUUUGCAACAAGGAUUUAGGCCAACUCAUGCGUAACGCGGCCGGGAGGGUCCCGCGCUGCCUUGUGCGAUGUCGGACCGAUGCGCUCGACAGCGAAAAGGGGCCGGGCGGAAAGCGUAGAGCGUUCGGGAGUCACGAGUCUAGAGGAACUGAAAGCCAUUGUGAAAGGAGUCGAGAUUCAGACAUGCGAGACGAGGCGGCCCUGAUGUCUUAUCAAAUGCGAGUACAUUCGCACUUGUCUGCGAGGACUUUGUUUCACGAGGCCGACGAGCGCAAAGUGUUGGAGGGGCCUGUUGCAGGAGUGUUGGAGACCAGGGCUAGCAAGUAUGAACGUUAUGCUUCAGAGGGUGCAUCCAUCGAUUUUAAGAGCAAGAGUGCAACAGAUCCGGGGGAAGAGGAGCUGUCACAGGAUGCGCAUGUUGUGCACCGGGAAGAGGAGACUCAACACUGGCCGCCUUGCAGAGUGCUGGAUGGUCUCGACGCAGAAGUGUUGGAGACCGGGGCUAGCGAGCAUCUAUGUCAUCGUUCGGAGGGUGAACGUCUACAGCGUAUGGCGACGUCUGUUCAGGGGCCCGUUGUAGGAGUGUUGGAGAUAGAGGCUAGCGAGUGCGAAGGUCAUGCUUUGGAGGAGACGCAUGUUGUGCAGCGGGAUGAAGAGCUUCUCCAAGGCUCGUCGGGAACUACCAUCAACAUCGGGGACACCGAUUUGGUUUUGCACAGUGGGUCGCCACUGACGACGCAAGAGGGUGGCGUUAAGGGAGCUCGACUUCGUGGUGAUGAGGAGGGCGAAGAAGAACCUUUGGUGGAAGCUCGACUUCAUGACGAUGAUGAAGGCGAAGAACCCAUGGGGGAAGCUCAACUUUUUGGUGGUGAGGUGUUGGCUCGGCUUCAUGACGAUGAGGCAGGCGAAGAAACCGUGGGGGAAACUCAACUUUAUGCCGGUGAGGUGUCGACUCGUCAAAUGGGUUCGGAGCGGAUAAAUCAUGAUUCUCCGUCCACCCGCUGCGGUGAAGAACAAGGUGAUCGAGCGUCUGUCCUCAGUUCCGGUCAGGAAAUGGUGCUUCAUGAAGCCACGGAGUUGGUUAGCGACUCAACUGCCAUCGAGUUGAUUAGCGACUCAGGGUGGUCGAGAUGCAGAACAUUGAAUCCUCUGCGGACGUUGCCAAAGUGGCGCGACAGGAGGCCGGUUUCCCUCGAAGGACUCCCGAGCACGGUAAGAUUUGUGAACAGUGGCACUCGCGGAUCUGUCGCUGUUCAGUUUUGUGGUCAUCCAGAUUGAAAUGAUGGGCUCAUGUGGGUAUUACCACUUGUUAAACAAAAGUUUGUGGGUUGU